CGGAAACGUACCAUGUACGAGUUUUUAGUUCGUAAACAGAACACUUCACUUGUCAGGUUAUGCUCAUUACAGUUUGAUUCCUUUAUGAAAGGCAUACACCAGGUCUAAAAUCAGAUGGGAGCGGUGUAAACGAAUUAGGUAAAAUGACUACGUCUUUUACUCUUCAGACGCGUGUAGCCUCUAUUAUGGACGUGCUUGUGAAAGCAGCGGUGACAGAGAUUUGUAAACUUGUUGAUGAUGGAUCGGAAAUGUUACGUCUAGAAGUGUGUCGACGAGACAGUGAGAUCGAGGUGCUUAAUAGUAAAUUAAGUAUGAUGGAGAAUGAGUUGAGGACGGCACUGAAACAGUCCACCUUCAACAGUUGCUCGGUUGGCGUCCAGGUUGGUGAUGAGUUGGGAGGAACAGAGCAGGGACAUGCUAGUGCCGCAAAAAGACCACCGUCUCAACGCAAACACUGUGAGGGGGGACGUGAUACGAACUCCACACGUGCAGACACCGCGGAAGAGGAGGAUACGCCGCCUGUAACUAAUGAAGGUUUUAGUGGGCUUGCUGAGCAUCUCAGGUCCGGGCAUAGUGAAGAGAAGCUCGGUAGGGUAGACUUUUUAGUGAAGGCGGAGCAGGAUGAAGCUGUCCUGCUCACAGCAGCCCAGAAGCUUAACUCAAGAGAACCCAAAAACACUUCCGAGAUUAAUGUACACUUGGAGGAUGCGAUGGAUGAAACUCAGAGACCACUACAGAGUUCCUUUAAACUGGAGAACAGAGAAAGAGAAACUGGUGAUUCUAGCUGUUCAUAUGUUUCUGGCCAGGACUCUCGUGUUCUUUCUUGCCCUACAGAGCUGUUAUCUGUCCCAAAUGCUGAGGAAGAUUCAGAAGGACCUUUGUCGUCUUUAGCAAACUCAUAUGUGCACAUGCUCAGGACAGCCCCUGGGCUUCAGGAUGCAGGUGGGCUUGCACUGAGGUGUAAUGGCUUGGGUAAGCUUAAGAAAGUGCGUGGUCACACGGCCUGCACGAGAGAAAAGUGGUUCAUCUGCGCACAGUGCGGGAAGAGCUUUGAUCGAUUCAGCCACCUGGAAAGACACCAGCGGAUUCACACGGGAGAGAAACCCUACAGCUGUACCACAUGUGGGAAGUGCUUUUCCCAGAAGAGCAGCCUUAAGGGGCACCAGAGGGUGCACACUGGCGAGAGACCGUACAGCUGCGAUAUGUGUAAAAAGACGUUCUCUUGUUUGUCUAACCGCAAUGCACACCAGUGCCGGCACGCGGCUGUCAGAGCUUAUAGCUGUUACAUGUGUGGGAACAGUUACCCGCAUUUAGGUGCUCUCAAGGUGCAUCAGAAGAUUCACACUGGUGGAAAGAAAUAACAUUAUCUUGGAAUGGGAUUUACCCUUUGUUUCUAACAAUAUGGGUAUAUACUCAUCACUGGUUACUGUGAUAGUAUGUUGUAUGGUACAUUAAGUGCAAUUGCAUAAAUAUUAUGAUAAAUUCCAGUUUGAUGUAAUAGCUGCAUGUAGCGUCAGUGUUAAAAAAGACUGAAAUGUCUGUAAAACCAUAUUCCUGUGUUUAGCUGUGUGUGAUGCCAUAUUAUCUACAGAGGGCAGUAUUGCUUGAAGUAUUUUUGACAUUGGUACACAGGUAUCACAUUUAGUGUAUACUUGUCUGUUGUUGCACUCAAUGAAUCACUUGUUAUAAAUGCUGAAAAAAAUCAUGGUGCCCCAAUUGAUACUGUAGCAAAAGGCAUUGUAAAGUUACACAUGAAACUUUGUGCAAUGGCCCAUUCAGUCCUGUAAUGUACAGCUGUAUGUAUAAAAAUUGCAACAAUGCCAAGGUUGUUAAGGUCAUUGACAGUUUGCUGUAUACCAGUGCUUCGUUUGUCACUGAACUUGUUUUGUACAAGCGUGUUAGAGAGAAAAUUGUGCAGAAUGUGUUUGCUAUGAACUGGCCGAAAAUAUCACGGUGAUACGGUAUCACCAAGGACACCUUUGGCUGUCACUACUGUCUCCAUAGUUACCAUACUAAACAUUUGGAUAAGCUAUAUAAAAACAUUUCUCUAUCACUUUUUUUUUUUAUUAACUCCUACUGGAAGCAUGCAGCCUUCUACUGGAUUGCCAUAGCUUAGUUUGUUUUAGAACAGUUUAAGAAUAACUUGGUGAAAUGAUCAGUGAACCAGCUGCAUAGGACCAGUUGUGUUUGGUUGAUUUUCCUCGAUAAUGAAACUCUGGUUCAUAUUUAGAUUCUUUUGUGUGUUCGGUCUGCAGCAUAAUGCUCAUCUUGCUGUGUUUGAAUAAAGACAUUGACAGUG